UGAAACUAGAUAAAUCAAUUGCGAGGGAUGAGACUGUGAGCCUGUUAUGGGUUCGAAAAUAUUUAAAUAAGAAUACAUUUAAUAAAUUCUACCAAAUUUAUUCCAUUUUCUUAUGUCUCAUUCUAUCAAUCAUAUUCUCUUCCUUCCUCAAUUCUCUUAGCCACAUCCAUUUUCACCAUGCUCAAACCUUUUCUAGCCAUCUUUCUAUGCUCCAUCCUAACACUCACAUCAUCACAACCCACUGAAUUUCUCUACCAAGAUUUCAGCAAAGCAGGAAACAACAUCAUCCUUCAAAACUCAGCCAAACUCAUCAACCAUGAAAAAUCCACCAUCAUCCAACUAACCAACACUACAAGCAGAGUAAUAGGCCAUGCCUUCUACUCAUCCCCAAUCAAAUUCAAAACCUCCCCAAACGGCACCGUUUCAUCCUUCUCAACCACCUUCACUUUAGGAACUGUCCCAGAAUUCAAAACCCUAGGCGGACAUGGAAUGGCCUUCGUAAUCUCACCAUCAACUAAUCUCCAAUCAGGCCUUCCCAGCCAAUUUCUUGGCCUUUUUAGUAAUUCAAAUCUGGGAAACUCUACAAAUCAUAUAUUUGCUGUUGAAUUUGACACUGUUCAAGAUUUCGAAUUCCUCGAUAUUAAUGAUCAUCAUAUUGGUAUAAAUCUUAAUACCCUAAUCUCAAAUUUUUCUGCUCCUGCUGCUUAUUUUCUGGAAAAUUCAACAAAAGUUAACUUAACCAUGAAAGAUGGGCAUACAAUUCAAGCUUGGAUUGAUUAUAAUUCAAAAACUCAUGUGAUAAAUGUCACUAUUUCACCCUUUCCAACAAAACCCACAAUUCCUUUACUCUCAUAUAAAUAUGAUCUUUCACAAAUUCUUGAAGAAAAUAUGUAUGUUGGGUUUUCUGCUGCAACAGGUUUACUUGCAAGUUCACAUUAUGUUCUUGGUUGGAGUUUUAACAUGAGUGGGCCCUCUUUAUCUCUUCCAAUGCCUUCCCUCCCACCACCCCCAAAUUCAUCUUCAAAGAAACACAAAGCAACAUUAGCAAUAGCUUUGUCUAGUUCAAUUUCGAUCUUCCUCGCCCUUGUUUUUGUUAUUAGUAUAUAUGUGGUUGUAAGAAUCAAAGAUAGAGAUGUAAUUGAGGAUUGGGAACUUACAAUUGGGCCUAAUAGGUUUCCUUAUCAUGAUCUAAGGGAAGCAACAAAAGGGUUUAGAGAGAAGGAAUUACUAGGAAGAGGUGGGUUUGGGAGAGUAUAUAAAGGAACACUACCAAAAACAAAUACCCAAAUAGCUGUAAAAAGAAUUAGCCAUGAAUCAAAGCAGGGUAUACAAGAAUUUGUAGCAGAAAUUGCAAGUAUUGGGAAACUUAGGCAUAGAAAUUUGGUACAAUUAAUAGGUUGGUGUAGAAGAAGAGGAGAUUUAUUGUUAGUAUAUGAUUAUAUGCCUUAUGGAAGUUUAGAUAAGUAUUUAUUUGAUCAAGAAAAAGCAGGACAUAUACUAAAUUGGGAGCAAAGAUUUAGAAUUAUAAAGGGUGUUGCAAGUGGAUUAUUUUACUUACAUGAAGGUUGGGAAAAAGUUGUUAUACAUCGAGAUGUUAAAGCAAGUAACGUGUUACUAGAUGGUGAUUUUAAUGGUAGACUUGGUGAUUUCGGGUUGGCUCGAUUACACGAUCAUGGGGCGGCACUUGGCACGACCCGAUUAGUUGGAACAUUAGGGUAUAUAGCACCAGAACUAUCAAGAACAGGACAUGUAACUACAAGUUCUGAUGUAUUUGCAUUUGGUGCUCUUUUACUUGAAGUGGUAUGUGGAAGAAGACCUAUUGAAAAUAGAUCUAAAAAUGAUCAAGAAAUUGUUUUAGUAGAUUGGGUUUGGAUGAAAUGGAAUGAAGGGAAAGUUAUGGAAGUUAUUGAUCCUAAAUUGAAAGGAAAAUAUGAUGAAAAAGAGGUUUUAAUGGUGAUUAAAUUGGGUUUAAUGUGUUCUAGUGAUGAUCCUAAGUUGAGGCCUAAUAUGAGAUUAGUAAUUAGGUAUUUAGAUGGAGAAAUUUCAUUGCCAGAGGUUUUGAGAGCUCCUUUUAUGGAUGAUUUAAGGAUCAAUGGAGAUGAACCACCAAUUGAAGAUUAUGUUUACUCUUUUGGGACAUCAUCUUCUGGGAUUAGCUUGCAUUCUUACAGUACUGGUAAUGGGAUUAAGGGUUAUAGUACCUAUGCUAGUUUAAGUCCUACUAUCUGAUGUUACAACUCCUUUGUUUACGGGGUAGGUCGAAAGAAGAAAAAAGAGGACGAUAAUUUUUAAUAUUUUUUUUGUAAUUUUGUUUUUGAGACGUAUUUUUGGCACAUUUUGGAGUUUUUAUUUGUGUAUACUAGUGAAUUUAAUAGGAUUGAGAAUUGUAAAUUUAUUUUUUUUGAAAUAUUUUGAAGAAGUUUUUUUCAUUUAUCUCUAUGUUUUUUGAAGGUAACUUGUAGCUUAUAUUAGUGUAAAUUCAAGGUUUGAAGGCCUGACAAAAAAGGUUUCAUACAAAUUUUCUCAAUAGUGUUACUAAUAUCCCAUCUAGCAAUUAUAUGGACUGCGGUUUUACCAUAUAUAUGAACAAAGCUACAUUUAAAAUCAGCAAAAAGGAACUAAUCUAAGAUAUAUUGUCUAAAAACAGGUAAAAGUGAGCUGCACCAACUUCCUUUAUAGAAUCGCCAUUCAAAUAGACAUAUUCAUAACCCAUUCUCCUUGCUAUUUCUAGAGCAAAUAUGACGGCAGCGGCUUUAGCAACGAAGUGUGUAUGCCAUUAGGGAGCAUCAUGAAUAAUGAUUCAUAAUUGAUGAUAGUAGUAAAUUUAGUUAUUAUACUUAGAGGA